GACACGCCCAGUGUGUGGGGAACGAACCACGUGGCAGCAGCCGCCCGCCCCGACUCAGCGCCCGGCACCGAGACGCGACGGCUCCGAGCCCCCCGCGGCCCCCGCCCGGGUCCUUGUCGCCCCCGCGCCGCCCGCCGGAGCCCGCCGCCCCCAGCCCGGCAUGGAGGGGCCCGGCCGCGCCCUGCUCCGCCUCGCCGCCGCCGCCUGCCUCCUCGCCGGGGUGCUACUGCCAGGAGAUGGGCAGGAGACCCUGACUGACCAGGCGGUGUCACCAGCUCAGCCCAGCACUGGGCCAGGCUCACUUCCACUCAGUGAGGCUGGUGGCUUCAGCCCGGAGGCGACCACCCCUCCUGUGACUAGCGCCGAUAAGGACGGGGCGGCCAUACACCCCAGUUUUAGCAGCCCCCGCGCUGUCGAGCUGGACGAGUCCAUCCCACCCGAUCCCAGCGCAACCACCACCAAGGGUGCCAGGCUGCAGACUCCUGCCCCAGCCGUCUCAGCGGAUGCUACGAUGGGGCUUCAGAAUAAGAACCAGUCGGCCAACAGCAGCUCAGAGCUCCCCACUCCGGCUCUGGCUGCCAACACCACAGAUGCAAACCAGCCUGGCCAAAAUGGAACAGAGCCCUCCAGCCCCACGGGGCCGACUGGCACCGCGACUGUGGCUACAACGCAUCCACCACCACAGGACGCGCUGGCAACAACGAGCAGCGCCCAGCUGGAGCCUUCUGCAUUCAACACCUUGGGGCCCACGACAGGGAACCCUGAACCCACCCCACAAACAGUCCAGGAGAAUGCCACAGAGGAGAGCCCUGCAGGGCCCACCGUCCCUGCUGCCAUGACAACAGGGAGCACACCUGCAGCUACCACCCCCAGCUCCACCACGGCAACCCCCAGAGCUUCCUCCCCCAACAGGGCAGCCACAACAGCUACAGGGCAGCCAUCAGCCGAUCCCGUGCACGAGAAGGCUUCUGUGUUGGAUGUGGGAGACGAUGAUGGUCAAGACCUGCCCAGCUCCGCUGUUGCCGGCAGAAUGGGGGCCAACCCCCUGGUGAUUGGUGUCAUCUCCAUGUUCGUUGUCAUGGUGGGGAUCCUGGCCCUGGUGGGCUUCCUGAGAUACCGGCAGCGCCACAGCCGGAUGGAGUUCCGGCGCCUGCAGGACCUGCCCAUGGAUGACAUGAUGGAGGAUACGCCCCUCUCCCUCUACAGCUACUAGGCAGCGAGAAGAGGACCCUCCAUCCAGGUUUGGGGGAGCGCUGGAGUUCCCUGAGCAGUAGGCGCCUGAGGAUCUGGUCCAGGAAGAUCCCCUGAGGAUGGGGGGAAGGCGGCUCUGGUUUUGCACUUGACUGAAACACUCAUUGCAGAUGGGUGGGUUGGUUUGUUUUAAAAACUUUUGUAAAAGUUUGGUUUUAAAGUUUAUUCUGAGAGCUGGAGCCAGUUAGAGCCCAGCACCGGCCCUUCCCUCUGCUCUCCAUACGCCGAGUGUCCUAACCCUCCUCAAAAUGCUGAGGAGAUGGGAGAGGGGCUUUUCACUUUGCAUUUUAGCCUGGCGGUCAAGCUGAUGUUUUGCUGACAAUCUCUGGAGAGGACUCGCUUGGAAGGCUCAGAAGCUGCUGCUCUCAAAACGUGCCUUGUGUCAGGAGAUGCAGUGUUGGCCCUCACAAGGCAAGCAAAGGAGAAUGUUACUUCCCACUGGGAGACAAGGGCAGGGAGCAGACUGGCUUCCUCUUGCUUUGUGUUUUUUUGCACAUGUUGUUCCUAUUUCAACUUCAGCAGUGGGAUCCACUCCUGAAUUCCCAGAGAAUCUAGCAGGACUGUGGUAAACUGCAGUCCUCUCCUUGCCCCCUGGCUGCAGGAGGAGAAUGUGCCCCUAGGGAUGGGCUGGAGGUUUUUCAUCACGCUGCAGAGGGAGAGAACAAACGUAAUUGGGGCUUGUGUGGCCUUGUCUUGGGUGGAACUCUCCUGUCUGUCUCAAAAGAAAACAAAAUCCCUGGUUCUCUCCCUCGAGGCAGCAGCACAAGCCUAAACCAUUCCCCGCAGGCAGGCUGGCCCGUGGUCACCUCAGCGUGGGAAGGGAACGUGCAGGCUCUUCUCCUGGGUAUCAGAGAGUCGCUUGUUGCACUUAGUACCUGCUCUGAGCUCUGGUGGCUGCCCUGCGCGGCCUGCGCCAUGACUUCCCUCCCCGGUACCGCGAGCUGGGAGCUCCUUAGUUCACUAUGGAAAUAGCCUUGCCCCGGGGCAAGGGCCUUGUCGAGGCUGCUUGGUGGCUCUCAAGGGCACUUCAUGCCCCGCACCCCUGAACUAGCCUUUGCUAUUGUUUUGUGCCUUGUCCCCCCCAGUGUGUUGGGUUUGGAGGUCAAGAAAUGCUGCUUCUCUGCUUCUGAAGUCCCUCGAGCAGUCCCAGCGGCUGCCAGCUCUGCCCUUAGCGUCUCCUGGGAGCCUUUGCAGCUGCAUAAUAAGCAAACAAACAGGAGCGGGUCUGGGGAUAGCCAGCUGCCUUUGGGCUCCCUAGGGACAAACGUUAGCGUGUUGGGCAGGAUGCGUCUUGUCCGUGUGUGCAGCUGGAGAGAGGCCGUGUGGCUUUUUCUGUUCUGUGUUCCCACCUGUCCCCAUUCUCCAACACACACACACUGGGGUUUCUCUCUUCCCAGACAGUGGCUCCUGGCUAUUUCUACUUCCUAUCUUGUUACGCCUUCUGAAGGCUCCUCUGGGUCCCGCUCGGCUGUGCCUGGGCAGCUACACUGUGGGCAGCGGUUGGCGAGGUCUCGCUGUUGAGCGUGAUGCUGGGAUAGUUGGUAUAAUACAAAAGCCUUGUUUUUCUCAGGUCUCAGCUUGUUGUCUUGGCUCGAAGGCAGCCAGUGCUCGUGCUCCCUCAGGCCAGCAAAGUCUGGGGGAAUUGUGGGGAGACAGCAUCUCUUCCGGCAAGGCCCCUGCCCCGUGAAGUUGCACCAUUUUCACAGCCAUGCUAUGCCCACAUUAGCUUUCGGGAGGGCCUAGUCUCCCACCAGCAGGGCAUAGAUAAGUCCUAUCAUUGACUUUAAUGGCGAUUAUUCGGGUCAUGCAGCUGGCGAACUGGUCGUCUGGAACCAGGGCAGAUGAGCUGGAGAAGGUGACUUCCCCACUCCCUGCAUUGCUCGGUGGCUUUGGGAGUAGCUGGUGAAGAGAUCAUGCAGUAGUUAGGGUUCUCCUGUUGGCUGUAGAGUUUGGUCUGUUCUCUGUUACCUGUGAUGAGACACACUCCUUCCUGCAUUUACUUUUGGGUGUAUUUGAUUUCCACCACCCCCUCUUGUUGUGUGAAAAUUAGAGGGCAGUUUUCACAGGCAUCAAACUCCCAAGUUGGAACCACAGAAAUUUCACCUACGCUGCAGCCUUGUUUCCCCGGCUGGAGGGCAGGGUGCUGCCAAUUUUUGGCACCAACAGAUGCACAGACAGUGCUGAUGGAAAUAGCGGAACUUCCCCCUGGCUGAAACUGGCACAAGGGUGUCAGUGGAGCUGUUGCCGCCGGAACAAGCCGCUCUGCACACAGCUUGAAGGGAGAGGACUGACUGUCCCAGCCACGCCUCCACCUCUGCCCCCCAGGGGCGGGAGGGAGUGGGGAACAGAACUCGCCAAACACCAAAGUGCAACUUUCUUUGUAAAAUAUGUUAAUAGUGGAUUUUUCUGCAAUAAAGUUACAA